AUUAACCCGCUAAAUACUCGCAUUGUUCACUUCUCACUCUUGAGUUUUGAAAUUCGACCAUGAGGUUGCAGGCAAUUUCUUUGGUUUUUGUGCUUUGUGCUGUACAACAAUCGGAUGAGAGAAAUGUAAAGGAGAAAGCCAUGAUCAGCGCUUCUCCUAUAGUGAAGACACUUCACCCAAUAAUAGGCGUCUUGGCUCAAGAGUCUACAGGAAGGAUAUCUAAUGAUGGUGAAGGCCAGUACGUCGUCCAGGCGUACACCGAGAUGAUGCAAAACGCUGGCGCCAGGGUUGUACCCUUCCUCAUAAACCAAACAGACGAAGAAGUAGAUAAACUUUUUAACUCCAUAAAUGGGCUUGUACUUCCUGGAGGUCACGUGAGGCUACAAGAUUCCAAUUACGGAAAAAUAGGCAAGAGGCUCUACGAGCUGGCAGUUGAGGCUAAUAAUAAAGGAAGUGUGUUUCCCAUAUGGGCCGAGUGUCUUGGCUUUGAGUUGUUGGCGCUCUGCGCAUCUGGGCGUGGUGUGACCCAUGGUCAAUUUGACGAGGCUCUUUUUGAGUACACCGACGCCAAGAACUAUAGUGUACCCGUACAGCUGGUAAAAGACUACACGAAGAGUAGAUUUCUUGGUACCGCCAGCCCGGACAUGAUCGGUUACUUGAAUAACUCCCUCAAGGCCUUCAAUAACCACGACAAAGCUUUGACGCCUAAGACUUUCAACAAAUUCCCUGGAAUUAAGAACGACUACCGCAUUAUUACGGUUAACCGAGACCGUGUAAAUACAGAGUACAUCUCUACUAUGGAAGGUAAAAAAUGGCCGUUCUUCUUGCUAGACUGGCACCCAACGAAGCCAAUGUUCCCGUGGAUGGAAACAUACGCGCAAUACGACCAUUCACAGCAAGCUAUUGCAAUCACGCAGUUUAUGGCCUCGUCAUUCGUUAAUAUCGCUCGUAUGAGCGAUCAUACGUUCCCAAACCCGCAGGAGGAGCUGGAAUCCCUUAUUGAGAACUACACGCCCACGCUCACUAAGGACCGUGGGAACGUAUACUUCUUCCCUAUGCCAACCAAAACGCCGCAAAUGGAGGAGGAGUAGAUGAGGCCACCAUGGCCGCAAAUGGAGGAGUACAUGAGGCCCCAGACGACGACUGCAGAAAACAAUAGAAUUUGAUUCAGAAUUCAAUAGCAGCACGUGGAAAUGCGUUCUGAUACAUUUCAGCCGUUUUCCAUAAAACAACGACGUGAAGUUGUUUCAAGGUCAAUUGGGGACGGUGCUGUAGAAAUGUCCUUACUUUAGUUUUAUCUGUCUCUGACUAUAAUGUUUUGCUUACUCCAUUGCAAUUUAAUUAUAAUUGCCACUCGCGAAAA